AUUUCAGGGACAAACGAAAGUCAAGUGACAUCAAAUGACACCAAACUGGAGGUAUACGAUGAUCCAUUAAGAGGUGAGAAAUUAGAUUCUUUAAAAGACGCCUCGGUAUGGUUUUUAACUGGGCUCAUUUUCAUUAAAGUUUUUACCUAUUCUGUGAAUAACUUUUGAAACAGAAACUAUUUGUUCGAAUUUCAAACUUUAUCAGCAGAGAAACACUGAGUUUUAUUUCUGCGUGGGUCACGAACAAGCUGUAGGUGCGAGGUGUACAAUUGUAUACAUAUACAUGGAAAGAAAAUCAUCAUUAAAUCUAUUACCGCGAGAAAUAAAAGAAAAAUGUAAUGAAAAAAUUAGUAUCAUACUCAGUAUCAGGGAUAGAUUUGAAUCAAAAUCAAAGAAAAUGUCGUGAAUGCUUCUCAUUUACGCCACGUACACUUUUGCAGUUACUUUAUAAAUUAUGAAUCACUACUCUUGCUAAAUAUAUCCUGACAAAAUUUAAAAACAUUUGAGAUAAAACAUUUGCAAAUAAGGUCGAGAGGAGACUGAUCGUGGAAAUCAAAUGGGCAUUAACGUUUGCAAAAAGUUUUAUCUGAUUCUGCGUUCUUUCAAACACACCACACCAUAUAUGGCCAGGGUUUCCGAAUUUCAUUGGUCUGGGGACCAUUUUAAGUGAUUCAAAACAUCAUCUUAGAGUUAACGGUUUGCAAAACUUUAGGAUAUUAAUGGGGUGAGGGUUUGUGGUCGGCGGGCCCAUGUAUACAGUAACCGAUUGUUCAAAAAGAACGAAAGGCCUGUAAAGGAUAGGAAUUAGAAAGGGGAUCUAACGACAUGAAAACGAAACCUUGUUAAAACGAAAUCAUCAAUGUUAAACCGGUGUGUUUUCAGAUAUAGCAAGAGUAUGUCUCGAGGAAGGUAACAAAGAAUACAGACAGGGAGAACAUCAAAACGCGAUAAACUCCUACUCGGAAGGUCUUCAAGUGAACUGCGAAGAUAUACGGCUGAACGCCAAGCUUUAUAGCAACAGAGCAGCAGCUCAUUUCCAUUUGGGUAAGAAUCUUUUUAAAGGAACUACUAAAUUCUUCAUGGAACGUACUCCGUGAAGUUAAUGAAUGUACAUUCUGCACCCAUUUUAAACGGGUUUUUAUCCUCGCCUGCUGUCUUCCCCACCAUUUUUGCAUCCUUUUAUCGCAUGAAUAUUGAAAUGAAACUGGCAACUUUAAUAUUUCAUGUCGAUCGCACACGUGGAAAUUCUCCAUCAGGAUGAAAUUCUCCUGCAAAGUUUCAUCGCAAUUGUGAGAUAUUCUUACCGUAAAUUAUGAAAAGUAUACUUGCCAAAUAAAUUGCAAAGCAACUAAUAAGAAUAUCGAAAUUCCCACACAGGUUCGAAGACCAACAUCUCAGGACUUUUGUUGUGCGGAGGUUUAUCCGUUCUGUGGUUAAAAAUUAAUUACGCGUCUAAUUCAAUCAGUAUAACAUCUUCCAUUUCGAAUUGUUGCGUCUCAGCCGGCUUACGAUUAUAUCAAGCUAAAACGGAACAAUUUAGUUUAUGGUGGUUACCCCUCAAAAAGUGCGUAUCCUUAAAUCAAGGUGGUAAUCCUCUCGCCAGUCGUUGUGACUCAUAUUCUGCUGACUCGACUACCGAAAUAAUGGCUCAGCCAUCUGCUAACCUAAGAAUCAAUGAAUUUUUUAAAAGACGAAUUUUAUGGAGAAAAGAGCAAGGAAUCCUCUCAAAAGAUGCCCGGAAAAGCAAUCAAAUAUGGUCAAAGCACUUACAGGGUCAUAUAGUCUAAAGCGGAAAGAAGCUUUAGAAAAACCGAAAUUCCCAGAUCCGAGUAAUCUACUCUUUUUUAUAUAUUGUCGUCAAGGUUGCAAAGAACAAUACUUUUUCCGAAACACAUCGUUCCCUAAGGAGAAUUGAAAUAAUUUGUUAUACAGCACUCAAGAAAUUCGGGUAUGCGUCGACUUAUUCAGCAUGAGAAGGCAACUCCAGCGAUGGACUAAUAUGAUACCAAGGAAGCGUAGAGCUGCUUCUUCUUAGGUAAACCACAAACUAAAAAUCAAUAUGAGGAGAAUUGCCCUGAGAUGAACUCUGUGAGUUUCUUGUGACCAUACUCAGUUGCCAAGUUUGAAAUAUCUAAAGGAUAAGAGGCGAAAAACGAAGGUGUUUGACCACGUUCUCUUAAUGUCGUAGGUAAAUUCCCGCGUAGUAAAAAUCUGGGUCAAAAUGUGAACCUUAUCUCCCCCAAUUUUACCUGAUAAAAUGAUUUUCUCCUGGUUUUAACUAAGGCCAAGUCUAGGACAGGUAUAAAGACGGAUACUUAAAUUGGCAUGUGAUGACGACUGACACUUAGUUCCUGAAUUCCUUAGGAAACUACGAAGAAUGUCUCAAUGAUGCAACAGUUUCUGUUCAGUUGGAACCCAAUUUAAUCAUAGCUAUUAAGAAAGGUGGGUGUUGCAGUCAAAAUUCAUCAAACCACUUUGCUGUGGUUUCUUCAAGAGAAUUGUAUGGAUUACGGCAGCUAACUGUACCUCGGGUAUCAACAAUAACUGGUGAAUGUUUGCUAUGUAGAUAAAAAGCGCAAGUUGAGGUCGAUGAGCUAUAAAUGAAAAUUAAACCAGUAAUGGUUCAUUUACACCAAAGAUUAAACAUGUCUGAAGUCGUUUUAUUAAACACAGUUUAAAUUUUUUCCUCGUAGAAUUUGUAUAAACCGUUGUUAGUCGACUUCAAAUAUAACAUAUUGAAAAUGCAAAUAAGCGAUUGUAUGAAUUCUAUAGAAAAUUCAGUUUUUCAGUCCUCUCUUUCUGGUUUUCAUUCAGUUAAACCCGAUCUAACUAAAAAUGUUUUGCUGAUGUGAAUGGGGUGUGAGACGAUUUUCUGGCUACCUUUAUAUGUGGAUAGUAAUUAAUUAAUUACCUCACGUCAUUACCUUCUCAGCCGCCAGUGCUUGCGUGGAGCUUUGCUUGUACAAAGAAGCAAGGAGCUGGUUGCAUAUGGGAUUAGCCGUAUCCUUUGACGAGUGUUUCAAACGUAAUACGCAAAGAAUUGCAAGCAGUGUUCACUAACACCAAGCUGAGCAGUUGAAAGAAACUAAAAUAUUUUCAAUUAUUCCAAAACAUUUCACUUGACAGAAGGGGCAUUCUAUCUAAUUCGCAGAGUUUAAACUGAACACCCCUCAUCAGUGUCUCUCCAAGAAUAUCAGCAGGACGCCCAAACCAAACAAUGAUUACGCCUAGUGAGCUUGUUAACAUUUAUACUAAUAUUCACUCUAGUAAGAAAAUAUUUAAUAUAGGAAAUCGUCAAAAGAAAUCCACCUUCGACAGGUAUAUCCCUUUCUAAGGUUUGUUUAGGGAAUAGCGCAUGUUUUUUAGGGGUGUUUGAGAAAAACACCGCGAGAGCGAUGUUUCAAAAUUCUGCAAAAUAUCACGAGCUUACAUUAAAUGAACGUCCAGGGACGCUAAAAUUACCCCAAACUGUCUGGCUCAUAGUCCGAGUCGUCAUUCUUUCCGGGAUAAAAACCUCUUCAGAUUCACAUCAAUUUCCUUGGCUUCGAAGCUUAUAAUAUCCGAACUGUAGGCCACAUAAAGGUCUUCAAAAUUUUCUUGGUGUUUUCAUUUGCUACAUUUUCUAUAAAUUCUUGAAGCUUUUUAGUUUCACAAUCUGGAAAUAUUUCAGCCAUUGUUUCAAAAUUAGAAUCGGUAUCAUUUCAGUUAAUGUAAAAAUGCAAUUUUAUAUGUAAGGUUUUAGAAUUUGACUGAAAUACUUAUUUUCUCAGCGAAUCGCAUACAUGAAAUGUCUCAACUUAUAGAAUAAUACCUCUAAUAUUUUUAUUUUUACUGAAAUUUGUACACAUCCGCUCAUCAGUUAUUUAUACUUAACCCGUUUUAAGAUUGAGAAGGAUAACCAACCUCUGCUUCACUUACUGAGAAAAUCUCAAAUAUUAAUAGAGCGCCACGAGUGUAUUAUGGGAAAAGCCAAAGUAGACAGAGAAAAGAUCGAGGAGGGAAUCCGUUAUAGCCUUCUAGGAAUAGCUCAUCAUAAUCGAGGACAGUUCAAAACAGCAAUCUAUUACCAUCAACGUCAUCUAGAAAUUGCUAAAGAAGUGGGAGACAAGGCCGGAGAGGGAAAGAGUUAUGCCAAUCUCGGCUGCGCUUAUCUUCGUCUAGGACAGUUCAAAACAGCAAUCGAUUACCAUCAACGUUGUCUAGAAAUUGCUAAAGAAGUGGGAGACAAGGCCCGAGAGGGAAACAGUUAUGCCAAUCUCGGCUGCGCUUAUCUUCGUCUAGGACAGUUCAAAACAGCAAUCGAUUACCAUCAACGUUGUCUAGAAAUUGCUAAAGAAGUGGGAGACAAGGCCGGAGAGGGAAACAGUUAUGCCAAUCUCGGCUGCGCUUAUCUUGGUCUAGGACAGUUCAAAACAGCAAUCGAUUACCAUCAACGUCAUCUAGAAAUUGCUAAAGAAGUGGGAGACAAGGCCGGAGAGGGAAACAGUUAUGCCAAUCUCGGCUGCGCUUAUCUUCGUCUAGGACAGUUCAAAACAGCAAUCGAUUACCAUCAACGUCAUCUAGAAAUUGCUAAAGAAGUGGGAGACAAGGCCGGAGAGGGAAAGAGUUAUGCCAAUCUCGGCUUCGCUUAUGAUAGUCUAGGACAGUCCAAAACAGCAAUCGAUUACCAUCAGCGUGUUCUAGAAAUUGCUAAAGAAGUGGGAGACAAGGCCGGAGAGGGAAACAGUUAUGGCAAUCUCGGCUGCGCUUAUCUUCGUCUAGGACAGUUCAAAACAGCAAUCGAUUACCAUCAACGUCAUCUAGAAAUUGCUAAAGAAGUGGGAGACAAGGCCGGAGAGGGAAAGAGUUAUGCCAAUCUCAGCUGCGCUUAUGAUAGUCUGGGACAGUUCAAAACAGCAAUCGAUUACCAUCAACUUCAUCUAGAAAUUGCUAAAGAAGUGGGAGACAAGGCCGGAGAGGGAAACAGUUAUGCCAAUCUCGGCUGCGCUUAUCUUCGUCUAGGACAGUUCAAAACAGCAAUCGAUUACCAUCAACGUCAUCUAGAUUUUGCUAAAGAAGUGGGAGACAAGGCCGGAGAGGGAAACAGUUAUGCCAAUCUCGGCUGCGCUUAUCUUGGUCUAGGACAGUUCAAAACAGCAAUCGAUUACCAUCAACGUCAUCUAGAAAUUGCUAAAGAGGUGGGAGACAAGGCCGGAGAGGGAAAGAGUUAUGCCUAUCUCGGCUGCGCUUAUGAUAGUCUAGGACAGUUCAAAACAGCAAUCGAUUACCAUCAACGUCAUCUAGAAAUUGCUAAAGAGGUGGGAGACAAGGCCGGAGAGGGAAAGAGUUAUGCCUAUCUCGGCUGCGCUUAUGAUAGUCUAGGACAGUUCAAAACAGCAAUCGAUUACCAUCAACGUCAUCUAGAAAUUGCUAAAGAAGUGGGAGACAAGGCCAGGGAGGGAAACAGUUAUGGCAAUCUCGGCUGCGCUUAUCUUCGUCUAGGACAGUUCAAAACAGCAAUCGAUUACCAUCAACGUCAUCUAGAAAUUGCUAAAGAAGUGGGAGACAAGGCCGGAGAGGGAGGAAGUUAUGGCAAUCUCGGCUGCGCUUAUCGUGGUCUAGGACAGUUCAAAACAGCAAUCUAUUACCAUCAGCGUCAUCUAGAAAUUGCUAAAGAAGUGGGAGACAAGGCCGGAGAGGCAUCCACACUCAGUUUUCUUGGAAGUAAUUUUGAGUGCCAAGGAAAUCUCAAGAGGGCCUUUGACUGCUUUCAUUCUUCUGUAGAGGCGUUUGAUAGUAUCAGGGCUGGUCUGCAAUUCAACGAUCAGUGGAAGAUUUCUUAUCGUAAUCAGCAUAAAAGUGCAUACACAGGCUUGUGGCGUAUAAACCUAUUUCAAAAUGAGUUUCUCAAGGCUCUUCUUACCGCAGAAAAAGGACGUGCUCAAGCUCUAAAAGAUCUGCUAGAAACAAAAUAUCAGUCCCGAGAUUCUUCAACGAACAGCGGCUCGUUCCUUACCCUGAGUUUUGUUCCAUUAGGUACAGUCUUCAUGGCUAUCAGUGGACCGUGCGUUUACUACUGGGUUCUCCUUAGCGACGAUAAUGUCCAGUUGAGAAAGGUACAUGUCAACAAUUAUAAGUAUCAGAGGGAAUUGGAAGUUUUCAUCCAGCAACUGAACAAAACUGCCUUGAAGAAGAUCGAUGCAAGAGAUGCUGUUAAAUGCGAAAAUCCUUCCCAUGACUCGCCGAAAGCGACGGAAGUGGCGAAUGAUAUCAUUCAAAUUGAUGUAAGGUACUCACAAUCAAGUGCUCUACAGAAGCUUUAUGACAUCAUCGUUACUCCUAUUGCUGAUCUGAUCGAAGGAAACGAGCUUACAGUAGUUCCUGAGGGACCAUUUUGUCUUGUGCCUUAUGCAGCAUUGGAGGACUCGAAGUCAACUUAUCUGAGUGAUUUAUUUAGAAUUCGCGUGCUUCCGUCCCUGACGACCUUACAACUAAUCAACGAUUGCCCAGCUGAAUUUCACCUGAAGAGCGGUGCAUUGCUUGUUGGCGACCCAUGUUUCAAAGAGAUCAUCUAUCAGGGAAAACGGUUGGUGCAACUUCCAGGAGCAAAGAGAGAAGCGGAGAUGAUUGGACGAAUUCUCAACAUUCCCCCCCUUAUUGGAGAAAUGGCAACAAAAGAUGAAGUGUUGAAACGACUUUCAUCAGUGGCUUUAGUACACAUAGCAGCACAUGGUAAAAUGGAAACUGGUGAAGUUAUCUUGGCACCAAACACCACAAGAGAAACCCCUCAGCCUCAAGAGAAGGACUAUCUACUGACGAUGAAAGAUGUCAUGGAAGCUGGGCUGCGGGCGCGACUGGUUGUUCUAAGUUGUUGUCACAGUGCUCGUGGGGAGGUCAUGGCCGAGGGUGUGGUUGGCAUCGCCCGAGCAUUCUUGGGUGCUGGCGCUAGAGCUGUUGUGGUAACCCUAUGGGCGAUUGCAGACGAAGGAACCCUGGAGUUCAUGAGUUUCUUCUACGAUGCACUUGCUAAAGGCAAGAAGGCAAGUGAAGCUCUCGAUCAGGCCAUGAAGUGUUUGAGAAAAUCCGAAACCUUCAAGGAGGUGAAGUACUGGGCACCAUUUGUACUCAUUGGUGAUGACGUCACACUUGAUUUCAACGACAUCUAG